CGGAGUGACAAGGAAACAACUGUGGCGUCGAAAUUGAUUCCGCGAUCGCGCGUCUCCUGCUCCUACCGACCUGGACCAGAAACCAGGGGACCAACAGUGGCGCGCUGAAGAUUGUCUCUCCGGGGAAGCAGGUUGCUGGAGGAGCGACGAGACUGGAAGUGACCAGCGGAGCGAUGUUCGGCAUGAUCAGAAAUUCGCUCUUUGGGAAUUCGGAGGAGACCGAGUACAAAGUGCUCAGCAGCGAGACGAAGAACGGAGUGGGCUUUGAGGUGAGACGGUACGACGCGGCAAAGUACGCUGCCGUCUACUCGGAAGGAAGGACCUAUGAGCAAGUAAUGGGGGAGCUGGUCCGGAAACUGCUGACGUACAUCGGUGGAAACAACGAGCCAGGUGAGGCCAUGGGCAUCGCGUUUCCCAUCAUCGCCACGGUGUACCCGCGGAACGACGGCGUUUUCUCCCGACGUCUGGCGGUGGGCAUCCGGAUCCCCAACGCCUACCAGCAAGACCCCCCAGCUCCCACCGACAGCGCCGUCAGGGUGGAGGAGCGGCCCGGCAUGACUGUAUACGCGCUACAGUUUGGCGGCUUCGCCGGCGAGAGCGAGUAUCGGGCCGAGGCCUCCCGCCUGACCCGCGCCCUGGGCGAGACCACGCCCUUUCAGCGCAAGCAGUACUUCUGCUGCAGCUACGACCCGCCGCUCAAGCCUUACGGACGCAGAAAUGAAGUCUGGUUCCUGCAGGAGGACCCGUGAAAAGGUCCCAUCUGAUGCUUGGUCCUCCAAAAAAAGGAAAUAAAAACAUGUAAUCUUCACCUCUGUUAGUCCUACAGCUGUAAACAGAGAACGGGCUCAAAAUAUAGCCGGCGGAGGCGAGAAUGACCUAAAGAAAGGAAAGAAAAAAAAUAUUGCAAACUAGAUUAGCUUCCACAAACCUACAUAUUGUUUCAGACUUGUGUUUGUUUUUGAAGGUGAUAAAUCUCAGCAGAGUUUCCAUGUCUUUGAGUACUAACUUGCAGAUCUUUAAAUGACAGUAACAACUAGAAACAUAAAGAAAAGUUGUUGUUCUAUCUGAAUAAGAUACUGUUAAGUUUAGUCAUUAAGUGGAAUUAAACAUUUUGAAUCAGAGGAAUGGCAGCUUUGGUUGUUUGUGCCACAAUACUUUGUUAUAUUUGUCUACAAAAUAUUCUGUGUCGUCAGUGGAGAGUUUUGUAUUUUAGUGCAUGAAAUAUAAGCCAAUUUUUAUUUCGUGAAACGUCAGUUUUGUGAUCCAUCUGUGCAUGUAGGGGUUUUGUGGUCAAUGUGAAUUUAAUUUUUAAGGCUUCAGAGUGUUUUAUUGCAUAAAUAAAAACGUCAUUCAGUCGUGGCUUGUA